UUGCCCUAAUAUUUUUGCUUCCUUCCUCCAUUUAGUGCUCAGGAAACCGCUGCUUCUUCGGUCGGCAAAGAGAGAAACAAGAUGGUAAGACCUUACGCAGUGAAAGGUGGAGUUAAGAGGAAGAAGAGGGAAGAAGUAUACGAUGAUGAAGAUAUUGAAGCAACAAUCUCAACUUUAGAAAAUAAUACUUACAAGGAAGAAGAAAAAGAAAAAGAAGCAGAAAAAGAAGAAGAAAUAGAUAGAGAUGAAACAGGAACGGAGAGUGAACUUGCUGGUAUUCCAAUUGCACCUUCUUCUUCUGUUAAAAAAUCAAAGUCUGGGAUUGUUUUCGUUCUUGAAAGAGCUUCUUUGGAAGUUGGCAAAGUUGGAAAGACCUACCAGCUCUUAAAUUCUGAUGAACACUCUAAUUUUCUGAAGAAGCAUGGUAAAAAUCCAGCUGAUUACAGGCCUGACAUCGCCCAUCAGGCACUACUUGCAAUAUUAGAUAGUCCACUUAACAAGGCUGGGAGGUUACAAGCUGUUUAUGUGAAAACGGAGAAAGGAGUGCUUUUUGAAGUCAAACCUCAUUGUCGUAUGCCAAGAACUUUCAAGAGGUUUUGUGGUAUCAUGUUGCAGCUACUACAAAAAUUGAAUAUAACUGCCACUGGAAAGCGGGAAAAGCUUUUGCGUGUGAUUGCGAAUCCAGUAACUCGGCAUUUACCGUUUAACUCUCGUAAAAUCGGUCUCUCGCAUAGCUCAUCAAAGUUGGUUCAAUUAAGGGAUUACGUUAAUGCUGCUAGUGAUGAUAUGAACCUUGUGUUCGUGGUCGGGGCAAUGUCUCAUGGGAAAAUCAAUAAUGACUAUACCGAUGAUUUUAUAUCAGUUUCCGGAUAUCCUUUGAGUGCUGCGUGUUGCAUUGGUCGGAUCUGCAACGCCUUGGAGCUGAAGUGGAAGAUUUUGUAAACGUGCUCCAGAGCCAGGGGGCUAUAUUUUUUGAUCAUGUAGUAGUUCUAGGUAAGAGUGAUGUAGAUCCUGAUAGACAAGAUGUUACCAAUUUUCAUCAGCAAAGGCUAUAAGCUCUCUAUUUCUAUGAGCAUGCUGUGAACUAAUGGGGAGCUCGUGUAAUAUCUGGUAGGGGUGAAAAUUAUACCACUUUUAAGUAAUUUGUUCUAUUAACAGGAAAAUUUUGAUAUUUGCUA